UGAUUAAAAUGGCGACGUCGACAAUUGAGACUGUUAUUUAGCGGCGACAAACGAUUUUUUUUUUCGUUAAUUGAGUGACUGCGACACCACCGUUUAGAGAGUUGAAAGUUUUCUGUGGGCUGAUGAUCGCGGUAAACAUUCUUUCGUCAAGUCACGUCUUAUAUUUUAUCCUGUUUCCGAUACUUCCGCGUGCAGUCUCUGGACUACAGUUCACCUCGCCCUUUAAUGGAAAAAAAGUGACUGGAGUUCUUGGAUCAUCUGUUAACUUCACUUGGGCCUUUCAUGGAGGAAACGUAGGCAAAUUUGUCUGGGGAACAAAGAACAAUGGUGCUGUUACCGUUAAAGAUGUUCUGGUUUCCAUAGACAAGCUCCAAACAAUUACUACUAUACAGAAUCUACCAUACAGUGGACGUGUGAGUGGAAACUGGAAUGGAAGCAGCCCUGGACAGGCCACUUUCACACUGAGCUCAAUCCAGAGAGCAGAUGAAAGGUUCUAUAGUUGCAAACUUUCACCUGGAAGUCUUGGUGAAUCACCUGUUUAUGAUACUGUUCACUUGCUUGUUGUGGGUAAUCCACUACACUCCGGCUCCCAUUCGCAUCUGUAACCAAACAUUUUUGAGGCUCGUUGCGUCGACGGGACGGAUUAGUACUAUCAACUUGGGCCUUGCGGAACGGACUUGACUGGGAGAAAAGCUUGGGGCAGUUUGUACAACUUAACAGGGCGAUCUGAAAUUCAGGAGAACCAUAUGACUUACAACAAAAUACAUAACUAAAUUGAGUUAUCUAGAAGACAAAUUUCCUAACGUUUAAAUCUUUAAGAUCAGUUAAAGGAUAUUGCUAAACACGUAGGCAACAAUGAAAUUAGUUGCCCAUGCGAUAAAUUUUACAGCAAUGAUGCCCUUUGGGAUCACCUGCCUUAUCUUGGUUGGGCAGUCUGUAUGUGGUGGUGGUGGUGAGGAUAAUGAUAAAGAAGAACAAGUUGCCCUUACUCAACGAAACACAGCUAUACGCUGGGCUUGCACUUGAAGAGGAAUUAUUUUUUUCGUUAACAAGUACCAAUUUAGCACUUAUAAUCACACCGACUCAGUAAGUACAAUGCGAAUUGUCUUUCAUUUUGAAAUCAACAUAAUUUUGCUGUUCAAACAACAUGUCCGCAUAAAGGGUGAGUCGUGGUCGUGACACCUCCCACCACCGUAGGUUGAACUGAUAUCACGAAGUCUUGGAUUCAAAUUCCAUUGAAGUAUGAUAUUUGUAGUCUCUCUUGGUAAUAUCUUAUUUACAUGGUACGUGUUACAGCUAUUGUAAUGAAGUGAACACCUGACUGAAGUGAACACCCGACUCCCAUUUAGUUGUAGAAGUUCAGAAUUACAUGUCUCUCGUGUUGUGGUGUACUUAAUUACAUGAUGUAUGACACUCUCCCAGGCCGACAAGAAUAUAUAUCAUACAACAUGGUUCUAUGUAAAAAGAGAGAAAUGACUGCAGUAAAGCACAAAGGUAUAAGGAUAGUAUUACAUAGUCCCACGGCAAAUCUAAUAUUGUUCACUUAAUGUUAAUGGUCAUUCUGAUCGUUCCUUGAUUCUCUGCAUUGUUUUCUGAGCAGCAAGUCGUACAGGACGAUGUUGCUUACCAUUUACAGUUUCUCUGUCUGUGUUCCUAUUUCUGCGCAUGUUGCUUCGUUUGACAACUCCAAUGGAUAUACUUUAUAGUGUCUCUAAAGGUAUUGGAAGCUCUUUUCCACAACGUACUCUUAAAAAUACAUAUCUCACUAAUCCGUCUUCCCUGUGUCGAAAUUACUAACGACACCUACUUGCAGCUGGUUGCGUGGUGUAUUAUCAUUUAUGAGAACAACGUCUCCUACAGCAAUGCCUCCUGUUUUCUUGUUUGAUG